CCCCACAUCACCCUAGCAAGGCCCCUGGGCGUCUUGCCCCUCCCCCGGCCCCAAGCUAGAAGUUUACCCCCAGGACCUCAGCAAAGGUCAGAGCAAAAGAGUCGUUUUCUUUCACCUGAAAGCUGUGAGGAGGUUUAAAGGGCCUCUCCUCACUAGGGCCCGAGCUCCCGGGCACUGGGCCGGCAUAGGCGGCCCCCUCCGGGGCCCUCGGCAUCUCCAGGCCCAGUCCGCAGAGCAAGCACCGGCAGAUUCCAAGGGCUCGUGAGAGCGUGAGCCUGGCUGUCUGCUGGGCCCCCGAGGCUCGCCGAGCGGGGGCAGACCGGUCCGGGCUGUGCGGGGCGUUUACAAAAAGUGACUUGGAGAUGAACUCGCCCGUGCGCGGCUGGCUGCCCCGCUAUAGGGGCGAAGGUGCCUGACGCAAGCGGAACUCGGCGGAGCCCAUACGAAUCAGAACACAGCGAGGCUCCUGGCGCACUAGGGACUCCAGGAGGCAGCUCCGCCAGAGACGCGGGUCGUGGCUCGGGAAACCGGGGGUGGGGGAGGGGAAGCGCAGAAAAGAAAACCCACCGAGGCGGGGACUGGCCCGGCAGGGAGGGGCGGCGGGGCCGAAGCCCCUCUCCUUUGGGCAGACUCCCCAUGGCCAGAGGCUGAGUUCCACUCCCGCCAGCCGCUCCCCAGGGAAAGAGAAAGAAGAGCGCGAGCAGCCAGAGGCCUCCAGCGAGCAGCAUCCGCAGUCUCCAGAAGUUUGAGAUUCGGCCGCGGGAGGACUUGUGCGCCCCGACUCCGCGGAGCCAGCGUCCAGCGAGGACAGCGGGGUGGCCGAGCCGAGGCGCGGCUCCUUUGUCAUGAUGGCCAGCUACCCCGAGCCCGAGGACGCCGCAGGGGCCCUGCUGGCCCCGGACACUGGCCGCGCAGUCAAGGAGCCCGAGGCGCCACCGCCAAGUCCGGGCAAGGGCGGCGGAGGGACAGCCUCGGAGAAGCCUGACCCAGCGCAAAAGCCCCCGUACUCGUACGUGGCGCUCAUCGCCAUGGCGAUCCGCGAGAGCGCCGAGAAGAGGCUCACGCUGUCUGGCAUCUACCAGUAUAUCAUCGCCAAGUUCCCGUUCUAUGAGAAGAACAAGAAGGGCUGGCAGAAUAGCAUCCGACACAACCUCAGCCUCAAUGAGUGCUUCAUCAAGGUGCCGCGCGAGGGCGGCGGCGAGCGCAAGGGCAACUACUGGACGCUGGACCCGGCCUGCGAGGACAUGUUCGAGAAGGGCAACUACCGGCGCCGCCGCCGCAUGAAGCGUCCCUUCCGCCCGCCGCCCGCGCACUUCCAGCCCGGCAAGGGGCUCUUCGGGGCCGGGGGCGCGGCGGGCGGCUGCGGUGUAGCGGGUGCAGGGGCCGACGGCUACGGCUACCUGGCGCCCCCCAAGUACCUGCAGUCCGGUUUCCUUAACAACUCGUGGCCGCUGCCGCAGCCGCCCUCGCCCAUGCCCUAUGCCUCCUGCCAGAUGGCGGCGGCCGCGGCGGCUGCAGCGGCGGCAGCCGCGGCCGCGGGACCCGGUAGCCCGGGUGCAGCCGCUGUCGUCAAGGGGCUGGCGGGCCCGGCUGCCUCGUAUGGGCCAUACUCGCGCGUGCAGGGCAUGGCGCUGCCCCCCGCCGUAGUGAACUCGUACAACGGCCUGGGAGGCCCGCCGGCCGGACCCCCGCCGCCGCCGCCGCACCCGCACCCGCACCCGCAUCCACACCCGCACGCGCACCAUCUGCACGCGGCCUCCGCACCCCCGCCAGCGCCUCCGCACCACGGGGCCGCCGCGCCGCCUCCCGGCCAGCUUAGCCCGGCCAGCCCGGCCACCGCCGCACCCCCAGCGCCUGCGCCCACGAGUGCACCCGGCCUGCAGUUCGCCUGCGCCCGACAGCCCGAGCUCGCCAUGAUGCAUUGCUCUUACUGGGACCACGACAGCAAGACCAGCGCGCUGCACUCGCGCCUCGAUAUCUGAGAUCCACUGCCUGCCUGCGCGGACGGAUGCGAGGAUGCCGGGACGCAAGUCGCCAGCCCGGGUCGCAGCCGGAGCCACAGCGGCAACCAAAUGGCGCACCCUCCAAGGAUGCCUCUUGAGCCAGCGCCCAGGACCCUUCUGUGCCUCCCUGCUUCCCUCACUCCACCCGCUCCUCUUAGUCCCCUCUGCUUCUCCUCCUCUGCUCGCCUUCCUUCCCUCUGUGCUCUCGCUUUCCCAUGGCCUGAGGCCGCCUCUCCGCGCGCGUUCUGCAGGCCUCACCUCCUCCCGGAGCCCCAGCGCCUGGACACCCCGGCCAAAAUUCGCCUCGGAGAAAACGCCCCGGGGCGAGAGGAAGCCGCGCCUCGGCGGCACGGACCUCCUGGCCUUCCCUUACAGGUCUGUGGCUCCCGCUGGGCUUUCCCCCCAUGCCUGGGCUGGACUGGUAACAGGACCCGCGCUUUGCCGCCGGAGAAAGGGACGAACUUGUCAGAUCGCUCUUCGAGCCCUCGUGGAGUUGCUCAGAAGCUGCUCGCCUUGGGGCCCACUGGGCGGGGCAGGGGUUGGGCCCAAGCGGGGAUCCAGGGCAGCCGCUCCGGGGCCUGCUUUCAGGUUCACACCACAGCCCCGCUCCAGCCCCGCUCCGAAGGCGUCCGCAUCUCCUCUGCUCUCCAUCCUGUCGGCAGCGGUACCUCCAGACUCGGGCGACUGGCUAAUAUCUUGCUAGAAAGAUCGGUGGGGCUUUUUUUAGAUGAAAGUAAAAACUAUUUUUUUUAAGAAAAAAAAUAUUCACCGGGAAAACUGGCGAAGUAUUAUGGCCUGGGAUUUUGCUAAAACCAAACAUCAAAAUUAAAAACUUUGGUGUUCCUCAUCUUUUCUUCGGGGAGAUUUGCAGUAGAAUUCCCGUCGGGCCUUCAAAAAGCUUCGUUCAUAGAGGUAGGAAAAAAUAACCGGUAAAAGAUGAUUUUGUCUAUGAAUCUAGGGAGUUUUCCUCUCUUCCUAUCUGAAAAAAAAUAAAACUAAAAAACAAAUUUUCCCAGAUCUUCGGGUAUAACCCCCGAUGCCAGAGAUCCGCUGAUCCUGGCAUGUGCUGCAGGAACCACUCUCCCCUCUCUAAUUUUUGUUUUUCAAACGUCUUGCUUCUCCCACCUUGGGAAGGAGAAAUGUGAAACUCGGCAGGGCCUCAGACGGCCCAGGCGGGCUUGUGGCCCCCAAGCUGGCUGACCUGAAAACCUAGACCUGGUUGUGUAGUGUGUCGUUUGGGGGACCAAAUUUUUUAGCAAGAACUAGAGCACUUUUGUUAUAUUUGUGUGUGUGUGUGUGUGUGUGUGUGUGUGUGCACGCGCGCGCUCGCCCGCGCAUGCAUUGUCAAUUCCCCAAUAAAUUUUUUGGUUUUUUUCUUUUAA